CAGUCACGGAGGGAGGUGGCAACGCCAACGCUGAUCUGCGUGUGAUCUGCCUCCCCUCCCCCGCCAAACUAAGGAAUACGGAUAGGUGCAGCAAGGACACUGAACCAAACAAACUGUGCUGCUACCUCUACCUGUGCGUCUGUGGGUGGUUCUGCCUCUUCCUCCCACCUUGCCAAGGAUUUCCUCCCUCCAUGAAUUCCAGCCGGAGCCUCCUCUCGUCGCCCCUCUUUGCUAGCUCAUCUCCAAACUUCAGGAGCACCGCUUCUAUCUCUUCCUCCCCGUCGCCAUCAUCGCGCACCACAGGUAGAGUUCCAAUGAUACAUGACAGCACCGGCAGAGCAUCCACUGCGUGCCACUACUCGCCAUCGCUUGUCGCAGAAGAGCAGCUUCAUGGUUCCAAAGAUACCUUAACCUUGAAGGGCGAAAAGGCUUUGCUUGAGUUGCUGCUAGAUAUGGCUCUGGAUCAGCACGUCCAUGGGACGGAGCUCAUUAGUCAAGAGACGGAAGAUAGUGAUCUCGAGAGCUUUUUAAGAGACGCGACAAGCCGAGUGCUUUACCAGCCAGCAUUCGUGUACGGCGGUUUCUAUUCUGAUGUUAAUGACCGUGAAGAAGGUAAUGCUACUUCCGCGAGCACAUCAGCAUCGACUGCAGAACUAGGUGAAACUUUGGACCUUGCCACACCUUCAAAGACGAACCGGACAAAGGAGGUGGUAUUGCCAGCAGACGAACCGGACACUUCAGCCACCCAGUUGGAUGUGCAGCAUCUUCACUGCGUGGAUCUAAACCACUCAUAUGAGCAACUGCUGAGCAAAGGACAAGUGUUCAUUAGAUCCAAAAGGUUACUUGAGAGGAGAUCGAAGAAACGGAAUGCUCCCAGAUCAUCAAGUAAUGACGUUCUGUGCAGUGUUGUCAACUCAAAGAAGAAAGAGAGGUCAAAGAAGAUUGGCAGAGUUCUUGAUCCAGAUGAGCCUUUUAAGUUAUUUCUACGAGAUCGUGAGACCACAGAAUUCUUGACAGCAAAAGAAGAGAAACAUUUGUUCAGUCAAAUACAGAAUCUUAUGAAGUUAGAGGAGGCUCAGCGUAAAUUAGAAGUUCAAUGUGGUCGUGAGCCGACAGUUGCAGAGUGGGCUCAAGCUGUAGGAAUGAGCUGCAGGGAGUUGCAGUCCUCUAUACGCACUGGAAGACGGUGCCGGGAGAAGAUGGCUCGCUCUAACUUCCGCCUUGUGAUACACGUAGCUAGAAAAUACGAGGGAUAUGGUCUUGACAUUCAGGACCUAGUUCAGGAUGGAUGCUGUGGGUUGAUGAAGACCUUUGAGAAAUUCAAUCCGAGCAAGGGAUGCAGAUUCCCAACCUACGCUUAUUGGUGGAUACGCCAGUCAAUUAAAAAGUCCAUCUUCAAGUAUUCAAGACUAAUCCGAUUGCCGGAGAGUGUCUUUGCGCUUCAGAGAAAAGUCGCCAAAGCAAGGAUGGAAUGCAUAAUGGAAGGGGAGCAGCCCACAAAUGUGAAUGUAGCAAGACGUGCUGGCAUCACAAUUGAGAAGCUGGCCAGACUCAGAGCAAAAAUCAGAAAACCACGGUCCAUGCAAGAUCGAGUUUGGUCGGAUGACGGAGUCACAUUCCAGGAGAUCACGGAAGACCCAAAUGUUGAGCCUCCUGAGCUCAGCGUAGACAGGCUGAUGAUGAGGCAGCAGGUCCGCGAUUUCCUGGGGAUCCUGAGCCCCAGGGAGAAGGAAAUCAUCGAGCACCGUUUUGGAAUCCACGACGGGGAGCCCAAAACCCUUCAUGUGAUCGGCGACAUGUAUGGCCUGUCAAAGGAGAGGAUCCGGCAGGUCCAGAAUCGAGCAUUGGACAAGCUUAAAAAGAACAUAUCGACACAGGGGUUUGAUGUUUACUUUGAUCUGCUAACUUGAACAGGCCAAGUUUGCACACUUGGUUUUGAUUCGCUUGUUCAAACAAAAAUGUGAGGAAGAAACGAUCUCUAGCAAUUUAGACUUGUAUACAUCCCCCAGCCAGGGAAUGACAGGUAUAGAACCGAAGCAAGAAUGCAGUAUACAGCAGAUUCAUUCAGUGUCAUCUUUUUGGUUGAUGUAAAUAAAUUUUCCCAGGAAACUGUUGGUACAUAUUGAUACUGCAAUUCCUUGUGACUAAUAUAUGUACUUAUUUUUAACAA